AUGAAAAAUUUUCGUCUUAUUAAUGUUCACACUGGUCUCUUUAUCAACAACGAAUUCGUUGAUUCUGUAGAUCAUAAACUGUUUGAGACCAUCAAUCCUGCAACAGGAAAAGUUAUUACUUCAGUAGCUGAAGCAUCAGAAAGAGAUGUUGACAUUGCUGUUGAAGCUGCUGCAAGUGCUUUUAGUGAUGUGUGGUGUAAUGUGGAUGGCAAGGAACGUGGAAAAUUGAUCAAUAAACUCGCAAAUCUAAUGGAGCGCGACCUUGAAGAAUUAGCUGCACUUGAAGCUUUAGAUAAUGGAAAACCUUUUCUCUCUGCAAAAGCCAAUGAUCUUCCAGGUGCAAUUUCGUGUUAUAGAUACUUUGCAGGAUGGUGUGACAAGAUUCAUGGCAAGGUUAUUGAGACCCAGCAUAAUAAGUUCUGUUAUACUCGUCAUGAACCUUUUGGUGUCUGUGGCGCAAUUAUUCCUUGGAAUUAUCCUCUUGAAAUGCAAGCGUGGAAAAUGGCACCAGCUUUAGCAAGUGGAAAUACUAUUGUUCUCAAGUCAUCUGAACUAACCCCUUUGACUGCCUUAAAAGUUGCUGCGUUAUGUAAAGAAGCCGGAUUUCCAAAAGGCGUCGUGAACGUUUUGUCCGGUUUUGGUCCUACUGCCGGUACUGCUAUCGCCUCUCAUAUGAAAGUAGAUAAAAUAUCUUUUACUGGGUCAAACGCCGUAGGAAAAUCUAUAUUGAAAGCUUCUGCUGAUAGUAACUUGAAAAAUGUAUCCUUAGAAUUAGGUGGAAAAUCCCCUAGUAUUAUAUUUGCCGAUUCGAAUCUUGAUCAGGCUGUCAAAUGGGCUCAUAUGGGUGCCUUCUAUGAUAGUGGUCAAUGUUGUUGCGCUGGUUCUCGAGUUUAUGUUGAAGAUUCUAUUUAUGAUGAAUUCAUUAAUAAAUUCAAAGAACAUGCACUGAGCAUUGAAAUUGGUGAUCCUUUUCAUAAAGAUACUUAUCAAGGCCCUCAAAUUUCUCUGCAGCAAUUUAACAAAAUUAUGUCUUAUAUUGAAACUGGCAAGAAAGAAGGUGCUACUUUAUUGAUGGGUGGUGAAAGGCAUGGCGAACAAGGUUAUUUUAUCAAACCAACAAUUUUCACCAACGUGAAUGAAGAAAUGAAGAUAAUGCAGGAAGAAAUAUUUGGUCCAGUUGUAUCUGUCUCAAAAUUCAAAACUAUCGAGGAAGUUAUCAAAAAGGCUCACCUGACAAAAUACGGAUUAGCUGCUGCAGUGUUCACUAAAGAUAUCACUCGUGCAAUAAAAAUCUCAAAUACGUUGAAAGCUGGCACAGUAUGGGUUAACUGCUAUAAUUUAGUUGAUGCCAAUACUCCAUUUGGAGGUUACAAAGAGUCUGGUGCUGGUCGUGAACUUGGAAAAUACGCGUUAGACCAAUAUACUCAAGUGAAGACUGUUCAAAUUAAUCUUGGAAUCCAGGUGUAA